AACAGCUACACACGGCCACUAAUACGCUGCAUGGUUAUAAUCCAACCGCCCACUUCUUACCUCCCGUCGAUUGCGAAGACCGCAACUUAUACCUCGACGCAGUUGCUUGAUGCCCUGGUGUACCUCAGACUCCUGUACAACCCCGAGGUGCGAGGUUCUCGAAGGAUACGCUCCAACCCUACGUGCAAUCAAGACGUGUCGGCUAUCGAUGCCAAGUGGCGUUUCGGCGACGACGAUAAUCAUAUCCAGUUAAUCCGAUCAGAUACCUUCGAACGCUCGUAUGCGAUACGAUGGCUCACUGCAUUAGUAGCUCGAAUGGAGGAUUUACAGGCAUCGAUCGACGACACCCAAUUAGAGUCGACGUCUGCUUUUCAUGGACCCAUACAUCCUGAAAUUUUAAUUCAACAAGCUGCUUCUCUCCUGGCUAUAUGUGCUGGCGUUGCUGCAGCUGGGACUGUAGAACGCAUUUUUUCUUUUGGUUCGGACGAAAUAGGGAGGAUAGACGUACGUGUGAUGGAUAUCCCCAUAGAGAAUCAGGAUUAUGGGAGUGUUGGAGCCCAGACAUGGGGUGGAGCGUGUGUAUUGGCGGAGAUGAUCGUCGAGCACUCAGAACAAUUUGGUCUCGGUUUUCGCAUUGGAAUAGAUUGUACUGGCGGCGAACGUCCUUUCCGCGUACUCGAACUGGGUGCUGGAACUGGGCUGGUUGGGUUGACCGCCACCAAAGUCCUUGUUGCGUCCUCGGCUGGGAAGAAUCGCAGGGCGACCAUCGUAGCAACGGACUUUUACCCGUCGGUCUUGCAGAAUCUCAAGGCGAACAUCGAUAAAAACUUCCCUGGAAACCUGAGUGAUGGUGCUAUAACCAUCGCCAGUCACUUCCUCGACUGGUCAAAGUUCCCGGCCAUGUCUUCGGUCCCCGACCUUCUCUCCGAGCCAUUUGACGUUAUCCUCGGCGCAGAUAUCGUGUACGAGACAGAACACGCUACCUGGAUCAAAAAGUGUCUGGAGCGGCUUUUGCGUCGCCCGAGCUCAUCAGCAGGCUGUCCCUCUGAACCCGACUCCCUCCCUAUCUUCCACUUAGUGAUACCCCUCAGACCAACGCACUCGUUAGAGUCUAGUAGUAUCGAGACUGCUUUUCGGUGGACGGACGAUAUACCGCAAGAGGGACACCCGGAACUUGUGAUACUCUCAAGGGACACUAUACUUUGCGAAGCAUACAGGGGCGGUGACGCGAAGAAGAGCUCUGAUGUAGUAGAAUAUCAGUAUUACAGGAUUGGAUGGUCUUGGUAGGAUGGACCGAUAGAACAGCAAGUUACGUUCAAUAAAUUUAGUAUGUCGGUUGAACCCUAGGCCUUAUCCCCAGAUACUCGAAAUGCCCGAUCCACCUUCGAGAGCUUCAAAGGCAGCCAUUCACAGGGG